AUGGGCGCCGAUAUCCAAACCCCAAAUUUCCCCUCCGCCGAAGCAGGCGCCUCAUUUCCAACACCCCCUAACCAACAGAAACCCGACCCCUUCCCAGCCAUCGUCAAAAACGACCCAGCACGCACCGGCUUCGACCCCCGAACCGCCUGGUGGGUGAACUACUUCCGGAUCUUGACGGGCAAAAUAACCCCCGAGGGCGCAUUCCACUACCGUGAGUCCCGGUACAAAGCGCACGAAGCGCGAGAUUGCGCGACCUGCGAGUCCUACCGGGACCACGCCUUCGCACACUCCCCCACGGUCCGAUUCCUGCGAGAAAAAGUCGAGUCUCUAAACGGGAAACUGGAUAAGGAUAAUGUGGUGUGUCGACGGUGCCCGGCGCGGCUUACGGAGGACGGGCAGGUGCAUCGGCAGAGUGGGGGGUUUAGUCCCGGACACGGGAUUUUGAUUUGCGCGAAUGAGGUGCGGGAUCGGGGACAUUUGGAGGAUACGCUCGCGCAUGAGAUGGUGCAUGCUUGGGAUCAUUUGAGGUGGAAGGUGGAUUGGGUGGGGGAUAAGGAUUUGAAGCAUGCGGCUUGUACGGAGAUUCGAGCUUCGAUGCUGAGCGGCGAGUGUAGAUGGACGAGAGAGUCGUUCACGCGGGGCAACUGGACAUUGACACAGCAGUUCCAGGACUGCGUGAGGAAACGAGCGGUGCAGUCUGUGCUGGCGAGGCCGAGAUGCAAGGAUGAUGUCCAGGCGGUUAAGGUGGUGAAUCAGGUGUGGGAUUCGUGCUUUUCAGAUACCCGGCCAUUCGACGAGGUCUACAGAUGA